UGUAGCAGACGGCCUAGUGCUCGCUCGAAGUGCGGCAUUUGCAUCGUCAGCACCACUAACACUUGUGUCGGUUUACGCCGCGCCAUUUACCGGUAGAGCUCCCGACAACUGCAUCAUAUUUUUCGUUGUAUCUGCGGGCCGCUUGUUUAACUUGUCAGCCCUCACGAUAGCCGAGAAAGUGCCUAGUCACGCGUAGACCACGCAAUGUCAUCGAAGAAGAGGUCAAAGGUUGAAUCGGACAGCGAUUCUGACUCCGGUCCCGAUGACAGGAAUCCUCCGCAAAAGAAGGGAAAGGCAGCCGACAACAAGGGCAAAAGUAGUACAUCUAAAGGUGACAAUGAAGAUGGCAUGUUCAUGCUGGCCAAAAAGCGUUACGUCUCUGUGCGGGAAUUCAAAGGCAGAGUCAUGGUUGACAUACGGGAAUACUACGAGGACGGCAAUGGUGACUUGAAACCGGGAAAGAAAGGCAUCUGCCUUCAGCUGGAUCAGUGGAAUGCGUUAAAAAAUCAAAUUGAUGACAUUGACGCUGCCAUAAGGAAGCAUUAGGCCUUUAAUGGCCGGCUGCACGGUUUUAUGUGUUGCAUAAGUUCAAUUUCAUCUAAAGUCCAUGGACAAGCAUGAUGCACUUUUUUUUUUUUCUGAUGCAUAGUCUGAAACAGUUCAGAUUCAUCAUCUCAUAUCUUAAUACUAAUCUAAAAUAUGCUUUUGUGCAAGCUGUUGUAAUUGUUUCUAAAAAUGUAAACACUUUUUUCAGAGCUAAUAAAAUAAGUUGAGCAUCUUA